AAUCACUUUGAGGAGCAGAACAACCGCUUUUCAAACACGUUUUUACCUGGAUUUUGCCAGAAAGAUAUACAUAGUUUUCCACUGUAACUUUUGUGAAAACUCCUGCCAGAACAACUAACAGGAGAGGCAAAGCGCAUGCAUUUGUGCCCGUGUGAAAUCACUCUUUAUUGAUAAACACAAUCGUGUGCGCGUCCUCUUCCUCAGUUUUAAGUACAGUUACAAGAUGGAUUAAUCAAUUCUCGAAUUUCGACUAUUUGAAGAUUCACAAUGACUAACAGAGCGUUGCUGCUCGAUGUCUUUGACAAGUUUUCCAAGGAGCUGAGUGAAGAAUACAAAAGAGCAAACGCUGUCCGCGUCUUUGAAUUCCAGGCUGCCAUUAAAAUACAGGCUUGGUUCCGCGGUAUUCGUCUGCGCUGCUAUCUCAAGUUUCUGAGCAGCUGCUGUGUCAUUAUACAAAAAAAUUGGCGCGGUUAUUUGGGUAGAAAACAGUAUCGCUUCGUACUGUCAGAGGCAGUACACAAAAUGCAUGCCAACGGAUAUCACAAUUGCGCAACAAAGAUCCAGAGCACUUGGAAGGGCUACUACUCCAGAAAAUAUUAUUUCAAUUUCUACGCAAGAAAAGCUUACUUAGAAUCGAUUCACAGGAUUGGAAGUAUAGUAAAGUACGUUUUGAG